GAGAGAUUCCUCGUUGCCUAUUUAUGGUGAUUCUGUUUCGCAAUUUCAAGUUUCAACAACAAAUCAAGUAACAGAAAAAGCAUAAACAAUGGCGACACUUGAAGCAAUUGCAGCUGCGAUUGAACAAAUAGACUCUAAAAAACAAGUACUUAAGAAAGCAUUCGAUGAACUUCAAUCACACUCUUCUCUUCUAUCUUCCUUCUCCGUCUCUUGGUCCGAUUUGGAUGCCCACUUCACCCAAAUUGAGAACUCCCUCACUCAACGAUUCCGUCUCCUCGAAUCGCUCGAGUCGAAUCAGUCUCAGCCAGCGCCACAACCCCAAUUGGACUUACCGUCACUGUCUCCGUCAUCCCCGACGCAAGACGAAGAAGACCAAGACGAAGACCCAGAAGAGGACCCAGAGGAGGACCCGGAGGAGGACCCUGAGGAGGACCCAGAGGAAGACCCCUCUUCAUCUAAUCCGGAAACGGUUGAGCGCGAGUUAUGUUUACCUACUCAUUCUCCGUCAAUCCCUGUACAAGAUAACCCAUCUUCGUCUAACCCACCGAGUGUGGACCGAGUCGAGUCAGUUUUUACCACCCAAUGUGACACUCAACCAGACCCACCAUCGUCUUCGAACCCGACGAGUGAAGACCGAGUUGACUUAGUUGUGGCUCUACCCGAGUUGAGAACGCUAUGUGAGAAUAUGGAUGGUAAAGGGUUGAGAAAAUAUAUAAACGAGAGCAGAAAAAACCAGGAAAAAGUCCGGGUCGAGCUCCCGAGUGCAAUCAAGUUCGCUCCGGAGCCGGGUUUGAUGGUUUUGGAUGCAAUGGAAGGGUUUUAUGGAGUUGGUGAUAAGUUGAAAAGUGUUAAAGACCCGGAUAUGUUGGGUAUAAGGAGGGCUUGUGUGUUGUUAUUGGAAGUUUUGUUAGGAAUUAAUGUAAAUAUUGGUAAAGAAGUGAGAGAUAGAGCAAAAAGUUUGGCUUUUGAGUGGAGGAAAAGGGUGAAUUUGCGUGCAGAAAAUGGUUUAGAGUUAUUGGGGUUCUUGCAUUUGGUGGCUGCAUAUGGGUUGGGAAGUGAGUUUGAUAAGAAUGAUCUUGUGGACUUGUCUGUGGUUGCUGCGAAGUACAGGCAGGGUAUCUUAUUGUGCAAGGCAAUUGAUUUAGGUGAUGGUGUUCAAGAUCUCAUUCAGAAACUUAUAGACAGAGGAAAACAAUUUGUGGCUGUAAAAUAUAUUUUUGAGUUUAAGCUAACUGAAAGAUACCCACCUGUCCCGCUCCUGAAAGCCUAUGUGAGCGAAUCCAAGAGGCUUGCUAAGAAAAUUCGCAAGGAUGGAGGAAACUCCCUUAGAUCACAGAAUGAGGCCGCGGCCAAAGAAGUCAGUGCCCUGAAAGCAGUGAUUAAAGUAAUUGAAGAUCACAGACUUGAAGCUGAGUACCCAAAAGACAUACUUCAGAAGCGUGCAGAGGUACUAGAGAAGCUGAAGGCAGACAGAAAACGCCCUGCUACAACUCCUGCUCCCAAGCCACAGCAGCAACCUAAGAAACUGCAGCAGCAACCUAGGAAGCCGCAGCAGCAACCGAGGAAGCCACAGCAGAGUGGAAACAAGCGUCGUCGAACAACUGCAUCCAUCGGCCACACAGCACCAGCUGUUACUGGUGCCAAUGUAACUGUUCCUCUGUUCCCUCAAUCCCAUUUGCAGCCAGCGGGUCUGUUGCCUGAGCAUUCUGCUGCGUAUUUGAGCACACCAACUAGGCCUUACAGCUUGGUGGGCUCCACUCCUCCAGUUGCCCCUUACGCAGGCUCACCCAUUGGGUUGUAUGGUUUGACAGGAGCCCAGGUGGGUUUCCCAGGGAACUCAAAUCAUGCUGUGUCACAUUUAUAUUCUUCAGAGUCACACAUGCCUUCUGGGUAUUAUGAUAGGUCAACUGCUUAUGGUGGAUACAGUUUGCCACCUCAAUACCAUCCAUCUUACUAUCCUCAGUAGCUCUUGCUACUGUUGUGUAUUAUUUGUAUUUUAUAAUAGUAUAAUCCUGGAUAGUGUUGUAGCUUUUGCCUGAUUCUGCGCUGCUGGUUGUCAGAAAGCAUACAUUGCCUUUCUGAUCACUGUGAUUGUAGCACACCAACUAGAUUCGCUGAAUGAUAUCUUUGGAUGUGUUCUGCGGAUGUCCAGAGUAUUUUUGGUCAAUUCUUAAUUUAGUGGGAUUCUUCAAAUGCUUUAAAUAUUGUUAAUAACUAUUUUUUUUGUAUUUUUGAAGUUUUUCAUUUAGUUA